AUGGCCACCGCGCCCGGUGGUGGGCCCCUCCCCGCCGCCGACGCCAUGGAGGUCGACCCGCCGCGCGCCUCCGCCGACGAGAAGCACGUCGCCACUGUUAUGGGGGGAAAUGAUGCCGUUACUGGCCAUAUAAUCUCGACCACAAUUGGUGGAAAGAAUGGUGAACCAAAAAGGACCAUUAGCUAUAUGGCUGAGCGAGUUGUUGGAACUGGAUCAUUUGGGGUUGUCUUCCAGGCAAAAUGCAUUGAGACGGGCGAAACUGUUGCCAUUAAGAAGGUUCUACAGGACAAAAGAUACAAGAAUAGGGAGUUGCAGAUAAUGCGAUCGAUUGACCAUUGCAAUGUCAUUUCCCUGAAGCAUUGUUUCUUCUCUACCACAAGUAGAGAUGAACUUUUCCUUAACUUAGUCAUGGAGUUUGUUCCAGAGUCACUUUAUCGUGUUCUGAAACACUACAAAGAUAUGAAGCAGAGGAUGCCCCUUAUAUAUGUUAAACUGUACAUGUAUCAGAUAUUCCGGGGAUUAGCUUAUAUUCAUAAUGCACCGGGAGUUUGUCACCGGGAUAUUAAGCCUCAGAAUAUUUUGGUGGAUCCUCUUUCCCACCAAGUCAAGGUUUGUGACUUCGGGAGUGCUAAAAUCUUGGUUAAAGGCGAAGCAAAUAUCUCGUACAUAUGCUCGCGUUACUAUCGCGCUCCUGAGCUCAUAUUUGGUGCAACUGAAUACACGACAUCUAUUGAUAUAUGGUCUGCUGGAUGUGUUCUUGCUGAGCUUCUUCUUGGUCAACCUUUGUUUCCUGGUGAAAGCGCUGUGGACCAGCUUGUUGAGAUUAUCAAGGUUUUGGGUACUCCAACACGAGAGGAAAUCCGGUGUAUGAAUCCCAAUUACACAGAAUUCAAGUUUCCUCAGAUAAAAGCGUGUCCAUGGCACAAGAUUUUCCACAAGCGAAUGCCUCCAGAAGCAAUAGAUCUCGUUUCCCGCCUUCUUCAGUAUUCACCAAAUCUGCGGUGUAGCGCUCUUGAGGCGUGCGCUCAUUCAUUAUUUGACGAGUUACGAGAACCACAUGCAAGGCUCCCAAAUGGACGCCCAUUCCCUCCACUGUUCAACUUUAAGCAGGAACUAGCAAACGCACCACCGGAGCUUAUCAGCAAGCUGUUACCAGAGCAUGCUCGAAGGCAUUCAGGAUUUAAUUCUUUAUUUGGGAGUGGACCUUAGGAAGGAUUGAAACGUCGCUGCUGGUACUGCCAAAGGGCAAUCUGCAUUCCCCGCAUUUAAGUUUUAGAACCUGACCAUCUUGUCGAAAAGUUGAGCCAGCCUUUUUAAAAAAAUUCUAGUAUUGAAACCCGAGGUGGCUAUUGUGUCCAUGUUCUCUGCUAGGAACGGCACAUAUUGUUCUGCUAGUGGGUAACGGUUGGUGUAUUGUUAAGCAUGGAGGGUAACUUAAUUAGCUUAUGUUUUUUUUUUCAUGUUUCAUGUCUGUAGCGCACCUUUGUACCUGUUACCUUUACCCUGUACUAUUCGCAACUGAUGUAACCAUGUAAAUGUGUCUUGCCCCUUUCGUGUUAUGAUGGUCAAGUCACAUCUUGUUCUGCCUCAA